CCCUAUUGUGAACUCCAUGUAGCUUCAUUUUGUCCUGAAGCAAAUUCACAGUCUCAAAUCUCAAUUCUUUUCUUUCUUUCUCUCCUUCAAAUAACUCAUAUCCCCACCUUCUGCUAUAUUCAAGUCACAGUGAUCUCUCUCUCUCUCUCUCUCUCUCUCUAGAAAAAAUGAUAAGGAACAAAACUCAAUUCACAGGCAGCCUCAAAGUUGCCUUUCUGUGCCUUUCAUUUUUCCUCAUCUUCAUCUUCAUACUCAGAUCAAGCUUCUUCUUCCCAAUUUCUCAGCCACAAACCCAUCUUUCAAACACAACUAUCAGUCCAGAAGCUUCAGAGGCACCGAAAUCGGAACUUCCACCGUGCUUGACGCCGACAUGCACCAAAAUCCCACUGUCUCUGGCGAACGCCAUAAUCCACUGCGCCACCACCAACGUCACUCCCCAACAAACCCAAGCCGAAAUCUCAGUCUCAGCUCGAGUUCUUCAGAGGAAAUCGCCCUGCAACUUCCUCGUCUUCGGCCUCGGCCACGACAGCCUGAUGUGGACCUCACUGAAUCACGGCGGCAGGACAGUGUUCCUGGAGGAAGACAAAUCAUGGAUCGGCAAAAUCCGAGAGAAAUUGCCCUCACUGGAGUCCUACCACGUGGUGUACGACACCAAAGUCCGAGAAGCCGACAAGCUGAUGAAGAUCGGAAUGGAGGAAGAAGAUUGCAAGACAGUGACGGACCCGAGAUUCUCCAAGUGCAAAUUGGCACUGAAGGGGUUUCCGAGCGAGAUAUACGACGUGGAUUGGGACAUAAUAAUGGUGGACGCCCCGACGGGGUACUUCGACGGAGCUCCGGGAAGGAUGAGCGCGAUUUACACGGCGGGGAUGAUGGCGAGGAACAGAGAAGAAGGUGAGACUGAUGUGUUUGUACAUGAUGUGGAUAGGGUUGUGGAAGAUAAGUUUUCCAGAGGGUUUUUGUGUGAAGGAUAUUUGAGGGAACAAGAAGGGAGGAUCAGGCACUUCACUAUUCCAAGCCACAGAGCUCGCCUGGGUAGACCAUUUUGCCCCCAGAAGCAAUAAGGAAUUCCAAUUAAGUCCAGAGAGGGAGAGAGAGACCAUGGAUCAUGCCUUGGUCUUGAAUUUUUAGGUUCCGUGUAAUUCAGGCGGAAGAGCGCAUGGAAGAGGAAGCCAAUGAGCAUGUGGCUCACUUGUUUAGGUGGGACCCACUUAUCUUUUUAUAUGUAUGUUUUCUCGUACAUGACCAUACAGUUUGCAUAGCGAAUAAGUCUCACUGUCUCAGGUUUUUUUUUUUUAAAAAAACAGAAAUAUGGUCCUACGAUAAAUUAAUGUAAUAAAAGUUACAGUUUAUAAGUUUGUACAGAUAAAGAAGAAAAAGAAGAGAAUAAAGGAGUAUAAUAUUGCUUAA